CAAACAGCCGCCGGAGACUGACGACUACAGGCCAGAGGUUAAAAACAGAAAUGGCAGCCGCCAAACGUGUGCUGUAUGUCGGUGGCCUCGCAGAAGAGGUGGACGAGAAGGUUCUGCAUGCAGCGUUCAUCCCCUUUGGUGACAUUACAGACAUUCAGAUCCCUCUGGAUUAUGAAACGGAGAAGCACCGUGGCUUUGCAUUCAUUGAGUUUGAGCUGGCAGAGGAUGCUGCAGCUGCCAUUGAUAACAUGAAUGAGUCAGAGCUAUUCGGCAGAACCAUCAGAGUGAACAUUGCCAAACCCAUGAGGAUAAAAGAAGGCUCUUCUCGACCUGUGUGGUCUGAUGAUGACUGGCUGAAGAAGUUCUCAGGGAAGACCACAGAAGAGGCAGAGGAGGCGGAGUCAGCAGGACAAGAGACCAAUUCAGCAACUCAGGAGGGUGAGCCGCCGGCUAAGAAGGGCAGGGCAAACCCUCAGGUCUACAUGGACAUCAAAAUCGGCAACAAACCCGCAGGCAGACUGCGCUUCCUCCUCCGAGCAGACGUGGUGCCUAUGACUGCAGAGAACUUCCGUUGCUUGUGCACACAUGAGAAGGGCUUUGGGUUUAAAGGCAGCAGCUUCCACAGAAUCAUCCCCCAGUUCAUGUGUCAGGGGGGAGACUUCACCAACCACAACGGCACCGGCGGCAAAUCCAUCUACGGCCGCAAGUUUGAUGAUGAGAACUUUGUCCUCAAACACACCGGGCCAGGUCAGCUGUCGAUGGCUAACUCUGGGACGAACACUAAUGGCUCACAGUUCUUCAUCACCUGUGAUAAAACUGACUGGCUGGACGGCAAGCAUGUGGUGUUUGGAGAAUUGAUGGAGGGCAUGGACGUGUUGCGGGCAAUGGAGGCUCAGGGAACUAAAGAUGGCAAACCCAAACAGAAAGUCAUUAUAUCUGACUGCGGGGAGUAUGUGUGAGUGGUAAACUCACUAACCACGCCUGGAUGUAUGUUUGGCUCAUCUGUUUUGUAGAGACACUUCUUUUGUAAUGCUGAUCUGUAAAUAUCAAAUAAACCUUUUAUAAAGAA